AUGAAUCUAGAACUGAGAAGUCCUUUCGAAUCAGAUUAUCCUGCUAAACUUGAAGCGACCGUUAGAGAUGGACCUGUACGUUGUAUCAGCUUUAAUAAACGAGGUACGAUGUUAGCAGGUGGUUGUUCCGAUGGUUACUGCAUAAUAUGGGACUUUCAGUCAAUGAGUAUUAUCCGUAAAAUGAGAUGUCAUGUAAGCUCAGUGACAAGCGUAAGCUGGUCACGUAAUGGUCGCUGUAUCCUCUCGUCUGGUGAAGACCACAAGUGCGUUUAUUGGGAUAUAACGAAAGGCACUCAAAAAUGGAUCCGUUUCGAUGGACCAGUACUUAUGUCUCAAAUGCACCCGAGAAAUAAUUUUAUUUUCGUUGCUUCAAUAUACCAAGAUUCUCCGGUGAUUGUAGAAAUAGGCGACACGAUACGUCGAUUUCCAUUACCAACGAAUGCAGAGUCUUUGUCUGACGCGAACAACAGCAGCAGUGAAGAAACGACGAAUUCGACUCUUUAUAUACAUAAAACAGUUGUUUGUCGAUACGAUAAGUGUGGAAACCGAAUUCUCACGGGGACGAAUAAAGGUUAUUUGAAUGUAAUCGAUCCAACUACUCGAAGAAUAUUAGACAAUCCAAAACUUAGUCACUUGUCUAUAAGAAAUAUAUCUGUUAGCCGUAACGGGAAAACGGUUGCUGUUAAUAUUUCAGACAAAACGAUUCGACUUUAUGGGUUGGACGACGAAGGGAUGGAUAUAAAAUCUGAACUACAAUUUGCGGAAACUGUGAAUAAAGAUAAUUGGAACCAAUGCUGUUUCAGUCAAAAUGGUGACUACCUAAUAGGAGGUUCUGGAAAAUUAGCAUCGCACGAAAUAUUUAUAUGGGAUAGAAGAACUACCAGGCUGGUACAAGUUCUACAAGGACCAAAUGAAACGUGUAUAGACCUUGCUCAACAUCCUAUACAGCCGAUAAUUAUAUCAGUGGAUGUAGAAGGAACAAUGUAUACGUGGACAACGAGACAUAAAGAAGAUUGGGUUUGUUGGGAUCCGGCGUUUAAAGAAAUUGACGAUAAUAUAGUAUAUGAAGAAAGGGAAGAUGAAUUUGAUAUUGUGAGUGAAGAGGAAACAGAACAUUCCCGAAAUAAUCAAGUAAAACAAGAAAAUGAAGAUGAUGAAGAAAUUGACGUAGUAACUGUUGAUAGACCCGCACGUUCCGAUUCCUCUGAUAUAGAGGAUGAUGAACUAAUUUAUUUAGUGGAUUCUGAAGUGGAAAGUUAUAUUAGCACAAAAACACUUGAAACUCAACAACCUGAAAGUUCAACAAGGUCAGGACAUUCUGCAAACAAUAUAGUUGUUUCCAGUAGUACGUAG